AUGAGCCAGCCGUCGUCUGUCUCUGUAGAGACAGGACCGCCAGUACCUCCGCCUAAGGAUAGUGUCGAGGGGGUGAAAAAGACCACAUGGUACCUUCGCUUUGACCAAGUCCAAAUUGUGCGUUCUUCUCACCGCCUUGGUGUCUGCUUUGAUUGCUCGACCAAUAUCCCUAGCUUUCAUCGAGCUACAUACCAUAAAGUCGAGCGAUCAUACGAGGAGCUAGCAUAUUUUGCCAUGGCGUUGUCUAUGACGGGUCCAUCGGUGAUUGUGCCGCCCCUGCCUUUGCCUACGCCGCUGAUGUUGCAUAUGCCCAAUGUCGAGAGUGAUCGAGACGAUGUCUACGAGCUGGAUGAGCUUCGUAUACUUGUAUCGGACUGGUUUGACCGCAUGUCUGAUGAGAUCCCAUUAAAAAUGCAUCGUGAGAUGCUACGGUUUAUUGAGGCUGAUUACAGCUAUGAGCCUCUACCUCUCCAAGAUACCUCGCCCAGUGGCCUAGUACGUCAGGCAGCGAAAUCGAGCGCGUACAUCAAGUCACUAGGCCAUGUAUGGGAUGGUUCUCUUUUUUCGGACAAAGAAGAAGAUAACAGCUCCUCAUCCGGUAUGCUUUCCUUUUUUGGGCGCAAAGCUACGACCAAGGAAACGCCGGCCGCCCUGGUGCCGCCUCUCUUGGCCAGUGCCUCCUCGAUCAGUGUGCAUGACCCUGACGAGGUGCUGAGUGCAGCACGGGGUGAGAUUACCAAGCUGGAAAAGCAACUGAGCGCGGCUGUCAGUGCUUGUGCCCACGUUACCAAAGCACAGCAAGGCGUGCAAACGGCCAUGAAGGACCUUGCUGAGAAGCUGCCUGGCUUCGCGACCAUGGAAGAAGCACGUGUCAUAUCUAGUCGUGGGCAAUUGCCUCGCACAUUACGUGGUGCAGAGGCGCUGCUAUCCAGUUUGGCGCAGUUGUCUGAGCAGAUGGCCUAUGCGGAUCAAAUUACGUUGGGUGAUGCAAUGGAGUACCAAGAACUGAAUCUCAGUGUUGUGCGGCAGACUUUGCAAGCACGCACGGCCAUUGUGGUGGAGCAUGCCUUGGCCCAGCGGGUGAUUGCAAGCAAGCGGCAAGACGCCGAUCAACUUCGGUUAGCCAAGUCUAUUCGCACAGACCGAGUGGAUACAGCCAUUGAGGAGGUUCGUGAGGCACAGCAUCAUGCUGGUCUCCUGGAGCAGCACUUGAAGCAAGUGACGUCAUCGCUUCGCGAUAGUUUACAGCGGCACAGUGUACACACACACCAUGAUCUGCAGCGUAUGAUGGAGGAGCAUGCACGAGUAAGCCAGGCCCUGGACAAGCGCAUCGCGCGAAUUCUAGAUCUAUUUGAUAUGGAGGAAAGUGCUACGGCUGCAGAGGUGCAACGUGUCGCUAUGGAGGCUGCGAAGACGCGUCGUACGAUAACGCCUGCGCAGAUCGCCGCUGCACGUAUUGCAGGGCGGCCUGUGGAAGAACAGCCGUCUAUGGAAGCGCCUGACUCUUCUACGGAUGACGAGGCAGCAGCCACGACGCCAACAACGGCGGCGGCGGAUCUGCCUUCCGAAGAAGUGACGACCACGGAUCCCGACGCCAUCACCGCAGCCGACACGGCGGCCGGCAUGCCGCCGCCUAUCGAUGCCGUGCCUGAGCCAGUACCUGAGCCCAGCUUUGCCUCGCAAUUGUUCAAUCGUAGUUCGACUGGGGGGCGCUGGGGACGCCUUUCUGCAUCCGACGCCGCCAAGUCGUUGGCUGGAACAUUUUAG